AUGGCUGCAGAAGACACUGUUGGUGCUGCUGCGACACCGCCGCCGCCAGUGCCUGACAAAGGCCAGGCGCCCAAGCCAGCGGCCACCUUCUCUUCUUUCAUCAACAAGAACACCACGGGCAAGAAGUUUGCACCCAAGGCUGCGCGACGACGUCCCGGUGCAGCACCGCCCGCUCCUUCUGUACCUGAACCUGCGCCGUCUGCAUCUGGGCCUGCGACUUCCACAACAGAGCCCGCUCCUUCUGCGCCAGAACCACAACUACAACCAGAACCAGCACCAAAACCACCAUCAGAGGCCAGACCGAAACCUGAGGCGUCGGCGCAAAAUGUCCAACCACACCCUUCUCGCCCAGAGCCCGUACCAGCCUCAGACCCCGAUGCUUCAAAUACACCUACCACCCAAACCUCAACCCUCACUCAACUACCCACACCCGCCGCGACCCAAGAACCCGCACCACCAAGCGCACCUACGCCUACGCCUACGCCUAUACCUACAUCAAUACCAGUGCAUACCACAAGAGAAAAGACGCAAGAACCAGCAGUAACACAUGGUCCCCACAUCCCGGCAAGUCCACCCGUUCCACAGCCAGAGCUCAAUGCCCUACAACCACUAGAAGAAGCACGGGCGAAAGCAGUAGGAACACCCUUCACUGCUCCGGGUACCGUGGCCGAGGCAGCCGAAACACCCGUUGCUCCAGAUAAUGUCGAGCCACCUUCACGCAAGCGAAGACGACUGCCGUGGAUAGCUGUCAACCACCCCCGAGACGAUGAGACGGACGAGGUGGUUGCAGCUCCUCCAAAGAAGACUCGCACGAAGGCUACGGUCACAACUCCUACAGACACAGACGCAGAUGCCGAAGGUUUAGAGCAACAGCAUAGCGAUGACGAAGGAUCACUGCCCCCACGCAAACGACUCAGUGCAAAGGCUCGGGGGAAGAGAAAGGCGGCAGUGGCUCCUACUGAAGGCGAUGACCAAGAUCAGACUGCACCAAAAAGGGUGCGAAAGCCCAGGAAAGCGAAGUCUGCAGUCGUCCAAGGGACAGAGGCAGAAGGCGACGCUGCGCAGCCUGCAGACGAGGUCCAAGCCACAGCUCCACGCCGGAAGCCGCGCCAACCAAAGGCACAGAAGAGGAACACCACUGAGGCUGAGGGUGGAGAGGGCGAAACCGAAACGCAGCCCAAGCGCAAAGGCCGUCCGCCACGAGAACCGACCCCAUCGGAUGCUGAAGACGAAACCAUUGAUCCUGAGGAAACCUACAUGGGUGUAUUGGCGUCUCGCGACAUUCGCGUUGGAAAAGUAUCAAGGCGAGAGAAAGAGAUGCGCAAGGUGGACUGGGCGGCAGUCAAAGAGCGACGAAGGAAGGAAGAUUCCCGACCCAUGGUAUCUAAACAAGAACAAGAAGCUGCUGACAGGGCUCUGGCUGAAGCGAGUGCAGCUCUUCAGAGCGAACAACCCUCCGGCCCACGUAUCAGGGAGGUGGAAGGCCAAAUCUACCUUGUACCCGACUCUGGUACCAUUAACCGCGAAGCCGACGCAGAUCGAGAGAUUGCCGAGUAUGAAAUCAUCGAGGACCAAGACAUCACCGCUCGCAUCACCUUGCGCAGUUUUCUGAAGAACAACAAGCGCUUCCCCAACGAUUUCAUCCUCCCAGGCCAGGGCCGCCGCUGGAACGUCGAGAGCACCGACUUAUUCUACCAGGGUCUCAAGUCCUUUGGCACCGAUUUCCAAAUGAUAUCCCAAAUGUUCCCCGGCUCAACCCGCCGCUCCAUCAAGACCAAAUUCACGCGCGAGGAACGCGAGAACCCGGAACGAGUUCGUGCCGCCCUACACGGUCAGAGUGAAAUCGUAUCCCACUGGGACGUCUUCCUCGAAGCCUCACAGCGCAGGGACGAUUCCUUUGUCGACGCCGACGAAAUCAAGCGCCAACUCGCCGCUGAUGAGGCCAUUAUGCGGAAGAAGAUUGAAGCAGCCAAGGCAGAGACGGAGGAACGGAAUCGCCAGAAAGCCGCUGCGGGCCUGCUGGAUGAUGAGGGUGGCGAGGCCGGGGAGAAGGAAAACGGUAAGAAGAAGAAAAGGGACAAGGGGAAACAGGUUGCGUUUCAGGAGGAGCAGGGCGUCGAGAUUAUGGGCACGAUUGAUGAUGACGAUACUUGGGGGCGGGAGUGA